AACUCGUGUGACCUAUUUGAGCAGAAGAUCUGUCCAAGCUCGUGCUAGCUUAGCCACUUAACUAGCUGUCCAGGAUAUCUCCCUCUUGUUUACAUUAGGCAAAAACAAGAGCUGUGUGUUUUUUCUACUCUUUGCUUUCAUGUUUCGCCAACAGUGAGCUUGUUUAUUUCAAAAUGCAGCCGAAGAAACAGUUAUUAAACCAAUAUGCCUUGUGUCAUCUCAUCAAAAGGAUGGACCGUAUGUGCUUUAUUUAAACAUGGAAGACGGUAAAGUCUGACGGCGAUAGUAGAUAUUUGUCAGGUGUGUAGAAUGAGUUCAAGGAAGGAACGACAGGGCUACACAAAGCCACAGAAGAGGAUAAAACAGGAGUUUACACCACUGGAAAAGAUCGAGCAACAACAGGCACUUCUCCAUAUAGAGCAGUUACUACAAGAAGAGCCACAACAACCACAGCUACAACUGACACAUGGGGCCAUUCCAUUUCCGGACCCAGUCAAAGAAGUGACUCCUAGAGAUGCAAUAAGUGACCCAGACAAUGAGAAUGACAUUAAUGCUUUGAGAGCAUACACGGACCGCAUUGCACAACGGUUGGACCAGGUGCAGGACAGUGUGAAUGAGUUGCUCGCACUCAUUCCACCACGGUCAGCACACGCCACUGCAGAUGACAUAGUAUUGCUGUCUCCCUGCAAAAGUGUCGACCAACUGGAGGAGUUUGACCAGAGUCUAAAUCAGCUGGAGAGGAGGACCAAACUGCAACAAUACCUCGUGACCUUAGGUGGAGAGAACGGUGGUAUUGCAGUUCGCCGUAUGCUGCGGCGAGUGGCUACUAAUGAUGUUCUGUCACAAUAUAGCCUGAGAGGGAGAAAGUCAAAAAGGGCUUUCCAAGACCUUUCCCUAUGUAGGAUUAUAAUAAGUGCCUGCCAGAUAAGCUUCCCUUCACUCACUGCAGCACAAGUAGAAGACCUGAUUGGGCAAGCACUCAAGUUUGCCCCACACAGACAAAGGUCAUCUCGCAAAGAUUGAUGGAGUGGGCCCCUCCGGACAACCAAUGCACAUUUUACACACACCCUUAUAUUUUUUAUUUUAUUUUAAAUUUGUAUAUACGUAAACAUGAACUUUCAUUUUGUAUAUUUAUAUAUAUGUUGAAGUAAAAAAAUUUAAAUCCUA